AUGGGGGCGCUCCUCCUCAUAUUUCUUCAAUACCGCAAACAGUCGGACAGACGAGAAGUUCAUGUAGAUGAGGAUGGUCAGGAAAUUGUCCGUGUCAAGGGCCCUUGGCAGGUUCACGUCUUGGGAGCUCUGCCUUUACGGAACCUUUCCCGUUUAUGGGGUUAUUUGAAUUCCCUGGAGCUCCCUGUGUGGUUCCGUCCUACAGGUUUUCGGGCAUAUGCUUGGAUAUUUGGAUGUGACCUCAGCGAGAUCGAGCCGGAGGAUCUUACACGGUAUGCUAGUAUGGGCGACUUCUUUUACAGAAGUUUGAAAGAGGGCGCGCGCCCCAUAGCAGACUCUGUAUUGGUUAGUCCAGCGGAUGGGAAGGUGCUACAUUUUGGGACUAUAAAGAACGGACGAGUCGAGCAGAUCAAGGGGAGUACCUAUUCCCUCGAUGCUCUGUUGGGUAUCGAGAGGCCGGAUUCUCCCAAGCCCGCUGACGUGAAGUUCCCCCAACGAGACAUGGCCGAAGUACACGAUCGGACUUUCGCAGACAUAAAUGGCAUCGAGUAUAGCCUUCAAGAAUUAUUGGGCAGCUCAAAACCGUCAUCACCAACCUCCUCGGGUACUACAACGCCGACUACAGAAGAUGAUGGGAAACAGCACCCACUGAACUCACUGUCAAGCUUGUCAAAGCCGCCCGCAACAAAGCAUGGUGAACAAGUGGAUGCCUCUGUCUCUCCUGAUGCAACUCUCACUGAGGUCGUCGCGCAUGAGGCCUCAGUAGCGGCUGAAAUGGGUGCUCGGCCUUUCUUAGAACGCGCCCAAAGUAGAUCUAUUUCAACUGUAAAGGCUGGCAAUGCUUUAUAUUUCGCUGUGAUUUACCUCGCUCCUGGAGACUAUCAUAGAUUUCAUAGCCCAACAGCUUGGGUAGUCGAGAAGAGGAGGCAUUUUGUAGGCGAUUUGUUCUCUGUUUCCCCCUGGAUGGUGAAGCGGCUGGAAAAUCUAUUUGUUCUUAAUGAACGUGUCGCAUUACUGGGUCGCUGGAGAUACGGGUUCUUUAGUAUGGUGCCGGUUGGUGCGACUAAUGUUGGUAGCAUCAAAAUCAAGUUUGAUCAGGCUCUACGCACGAACGUGGCCGCGAGGCGGUCCCCACCGGUUGGAACGUACACAGAAGCAGUAUACACCGCGGCAUCUCCCAUUUUGAGAGGCCAGCCACUGACUAAAGCAGAGGAAAUGGGAGGAUUUUGUUUGGGCAGCACCGUCGUGCUUGUUUUCGAGGCCCCCAAGGAUUUCGAAUUCGUCGUCCAACCAGGGCAGAAGGUUAAAAUGGGAGAAAGUCUGGGCAAUGUCCCCAUAGAGUCAUCCUAG